AUGCCUGACCAAGCUUCAGAGGUUGAGGGCAAGCUCCGCGCCAUCCCUUUCAGCCUCCGACAGAGGAUAGAUGCUGCUAUCCUCAGACAUGCAGAGAUGAUGGCCUCGGCCACCGUACCCCUACCCCCUGAGCCCCGAGUAUCUCCAGUUGUGCCUCAAGCAAAGCCUCAAGAGACACCUCAGGGUAUGCCGCAGAACAAGCCUUCGACCGUCAAGACCCCAACGGCUCCCCGGGCAUUCCAGGGCCAGUUCUUCAGGCCAUCAGAAGCGCUCAGAAACGACUCCGGAGCAGCGCAGCCCUACCAGAACAACGAGCCGCGGGCCGUCCCCGCCGCCACCGUGCCCGAGGCGGAGAACACGAGCCUCUUCCUGACGAACCUGCCGCCGAGAUGCGACGUCGCGAUGCUGAUCGGCGCCCUCGAGGCCCUGGGCCCCGUCACGGGGCGCAUCUGGCACUCGCACGUCAACCCGCCGGACCCGCCCGCCGGCCACUUCCUGUCGGCGGCCAAGGUCGUCUUCUUCAAGCGGGCCGGCGCGCGGGCCCUGCUGCAGGUGUGCCAGCGCGGCGGGUUCGCCGUGGGAGGGCGCGUGGUGCACGCGCAGUGGAACCGCUACGCCGAGAGCCCGGACUACGUCGCCGGCCAGGGCCAGGGCCAGGGCCAGGGCCACGACGACCUCAACAACGGAGGGGGGGCGGCCGCCCCGCCGCCGCCGCCGCCGCCGCCGCCGCCGUCGCGGGAGCUCAGCCGCGUGGUGCGCUUCGAGGGCCCGCACGCGCUCGUCGGCCGGGCCGCGCUGGGCGCCUUCUUCGGGUCCAAGUUCAAGUUCCAGACCGUCAAGGUCGUGCAGGUCCGGCAGACGGGGGCGACGCGCUGCCUCGAGUGGCACUUUGGCGGGUACCACCCGCAGGCGCAGUGGGCCGUCAUGGCGGUCAACAAGGAGCGGCCCGCCGUCAAGGCGACCUAUGCUCGGGACCCUUGCGACGUUUUCCCCUAG